GUUUCCUUCAAACGCUGGGGCGGGAGACUCAGGGUGGAGGAGCGGAGCCGGGCGUGUAUAAGCCGGGGGUCUGCGGAGUCGCUGGCAGACAGAUGCUAAAGUUCAAGUAUGGCGUUCGGAACCCGUCGGAGGUCAGUGCCUCGGAGCCCAUUGCCAGCCGCGCCUCCAGGCUAAAUCUCUUCUUCCAGGGGAAACCGCCCCUCAUGACUCAACAGCAGAUGUCUGCUCUUUCCCGGGAAGGGAUGUUAGAUGCCCUCUUCGUUCUCUUCGAAGAGUGCAGCCAGCCCGCCCUGAUGAAGAUGAAGCACGUGAGCAGCUUCGUGCGGAAGUAUUCCGACACCAUAGCCGAGUUACGGGAGCUCCAGCCGUCGGUGAGAGACUUCGAAGUGCGGAGUCUUGUGGGUUGUGGUCACUUCGCUGAAGUGCAGGUGGUUAGAGAGAAGGCAACUGGGGACAUCUAUGCCAUGAAAAUCAUGAGGAAGAAGGCUUUGCUGGCCCAGGAGCAGGUUUCAUUUUUCGAGGAGGAGAGGAACAUAUUAUCUCGGAGCACCAGCCCUUGGAUCCCCCAAUUACAGUACGCCUUUCAGGACAAAAAUAACCUUUACCUGGUCAUGGAAUAUCAGCCUGGAGGGGAUUUGCUGUCACUUCUGAAUAGAUAUGAGGACCAAUUAGAUGAAAACAUGAUUCAGUUUUACCUUGCGGAGCUGAUUUUGGCUGUCCACAGCGUGCACCAGAUGGGAUAUGUGCAUCGAGACAUCAAGCCGGAGAACAUCCUCAUCGACCGCACGGGACACAUCAAGCUGGUGGAUUUUGGAUCAGCCGCUAAAAUGAAUUCAAAUAAGGUGGAUGCCAAGCUCCCCAUUGGGACCCCAGAUUACAUGGCUCCAGAAGUGUUGACCGUGAUGAACGAAGACCGGAGGGGCACCUACGGCCUGGACUGUGACUGGUGGUCUGUCGGAGUGGUUGCUUAUGAGAUGGUUUACGGGAAGACCCCGUUCACAGAGGGAACCUCUGCCCGGACCUUCAACAACAUCAUGAACUUCCAGCGGUUUUUGAAGUUCCCGGAUGACCCCAAAGUUAGCAGCGAGCUCCUUGAUCUGCUUCAGAGUUUGCUGUGUGUCCAGAAAGAGAGACUGAAGUUCGAGGGUCUCUGCUGCCACCCUUUCUUUGCCAGGACCGACUGGAAUAACAUCCGAAACUCUCCUCCCCCCUUCGUUCCCACCCUCAAGUCUGACGAUGACACCUCCAAUUUUGAUGAACCAGAGAAGAAUUCGUGGGUUUCGUCCUCUCCGUGCCAGCUGAGCCCCUCGGGCUUCUCGGGCGAAGAACUGCCGUUUGUGGGGUUUUCAUAUAGCAAGGCACUGGGGUGUCUUGGUAGAUCUGAGUCUGUUGUAUCGGGUCUGGACUCCCCUGCCAAGAUUAGCUCCAUGGAAAAGAAACUCCUCAUCAAAAACAAAGAGCUGCAAGACUCUCAGGACAAGUGUCACAAGAUGGAGCAGGAAAUGACGCGGUUACAUCGCAGAGUGUCAGAGGUGGAGGCUGUGCUUAGUCAGAAGGAGGUGGAGCUGAAGGCCUCUGAGACUCAGAGAUCCCUCCUGGAGCAGGACCUUGCCACCUACAUCACAGAAUGCAGUAGCUUAAAGCGAAGUUUGGAGCAAGCACGGAUGGAGGUGUCCCAGGAAGAUGACAAAGCUCUGCAGCUUCUCCAUGACAUCAGGGAGCAGGGCCGGAAGCUCCAGGAGAUCAAGGAGCAGGAGUACCAGGCUCAGGUGGAGGAGAUGAGGCUGAUGAUGACUCAGCUGGAGGAGGACCUGGUGUCCGCCCGCAGGCGCAGCGAUCUCUACGAGUCCGAGCUGAGAGAGUCUCGGCUCGCCGCCGAGGAAUUCAAGCGGAAGGCAAACGAGUGCCAGCACAAGCUGCUGAAGGUAGUCAGUCACCCUCCGAGAGGGGACCCCGGGGGCACGGCCCCGGAGGACCUGCACCAGACGCAAGGCCACGCGGGCGAGACGAGUGCUAAGGACCAAGGGAAGCCUGAAGUGGGAGAGUAUUCCAAACUGGAGAAGAUCAAUGCUGAGCAGCAGCUGAAGAUCCAGGAACUCCAGGAGAAGCUGGAGAAGGCUGUAAAAGCCAGCACCGAGGCCACAGAGCUCCUGCAGAACAUACGCCAGGCGAAGGAGCGGGCGGAGCGGGAGCUGGAGAAGCUGCACAACCGCGAAGACUCCUCGGAAGGCAUCAGGAAGAAGUUGGUGGAGGCUGAGGAACGCCGCCACUCUCUGGAGAACAAGGUAAAGAGACUAGAGACCAUGGAGCGUAGAGAGAACAGACUGAAGGAUGACAUCCAGACAAAGUCCGAACAGAUCCAGCAGAUGGCUGAUAAAAUUCUGGAGCUGGAGGAGAAACAUCGGGAGGCUCAGGUCUCAGCUCAACACCUAGAAGUACACUUGAAACAGAAGGAGCAGCACUAUGAGGAAAAGAUCAAAGUGUUGGACAAUCAGAUAAAGAAGGACCUGGCGGACAAGGAGAGCCUGGAGACCAUGAUGCAGAGACACGAGGAGGAGGCCCACGAGAAGGGCAAGAUCCUGAGUGAGCAGAAGGCGAUGAUCAACGCCAUGGAUUCCAAGAUCAGAUCCCUGGAGCAGAGGAUUGUGGAGCUGUCGGAAGCCAACAAGCUUGCGGCGAACAGCAGUCUCUUCACUCAGAGGAACAUGAAGGCCCAGGAAGAGAUGAUCUCAGAACUCCGGCAGCAGAAAUUUUACCUGGAGACACAGGCUGGGAAGCUCGAGGCCCAGAACCGAAAGCUGGAAGAGCAACUGGAGAAGAUCAGCCACCAGGAUCACAGUGACAAGAGCCGGCUGCUGGAGCUGGAGACGAGGCUGCGGGAGGUCAGCCUGGAGCAUGAGGAGCAGAAACUGGAGCUGAAGCGGCAGCUCACGGAGCUGCAGCUGUCCCUGCAGGAGCGCGAGUCCCAGCUGACGGCUCUGCAGGCCGCCCGGGCUGCCCUGGAGAGCCAGCUCCGCCAAGCGAAGACGGAGCUGGAGGAAACAACCGCAGAAGCGGAGGAGGAGAUCCAGGCGCUCACGGCACACCGAGAUGAAAUCCAGCGCAAAUUCGAUGCCCUUCGCAACAGCUGCACUGUCAUCACCGACCUGGAGGAGCAGCUGAACCAGCUCACGGAAGACAACGCGGAGCUCAACAACCAAAACUUCUACCUGUCCAAACAACUCGACGAGGCUUCUGGUGCCAAUGACGAGAUUGUGCAGCUGAGGAGCGAGGUGGACCAUCUCCGCCGCGAGAUCACCGAGCGGGAGAUGCAGCUUACCAGCCAGAAGCAAGCACAACUCAGUGCUACUGAUUUGCAGACGAUGGAGGCCCUGAAGACGACGUGCACCAUGCUGGAGGAGCAGGUUAUGGACCUGGAGGCCCUGAACGAUGAGCUGCUGGAGAAGGAGCGACAGUGGGAGGCCUGGAGGAGCGUCCUCGGCGACGAGAAGUCCCAGUUCGAGUGUCGCGUCCGAGAGCUGCAAAGGAUGCUGGACACCGAGAAGCAGAGCAGGGCUAGAGCUGAUCAGCGGAUCACAGAGUCUCGCCAGGUGGUCGAGUUGGCAGUGAAGGAACACAAGGCUGAGAUUCUUGCCCUGCAGCAGGCUCUCAAAGAACAGAAGCUCAAAGCCGAGAGCCUGUCGGACAAGCUCAGCGACCUGGAGAAGAAGCAUGCCAUGCUUGAGAUGAACGCCCGGAGCUUACAGCAGAAACUGGAGACAGAGCGGGAGCUGAAGCAGAGGCUUCUGGAGGAGCAAGCCAAGUUGCAACAGCAGAUGGACCUGCAGAAGAACCACAUCUUCAGACUGACGCAAGGGCUGCAGGAGGCGCUGGACCGGGCGGACCUGCUGAAGACAGAGAGGAGCGACCUGGAGUAUCAGCUGGAGAACAUUCAGGUUCUCUACUCUCAUGAGAAGGUGAAAAUGGAAGGCACUAUUUCUCAACAAACCAAACUCAUUGAUUUUCUGCAAGCCAAAAUGGACCAGCCUGCUAAAAAGAAAAAGGGUUUAUUUAGUCGACGGAAAGAGGACCCUGCUUUGCCCACACAGGUUCCUCUGCAGUACAAUGAGCUGAAGCUAGCCCUGGAAAAGGAGAAAGCGCGCUGCGCGGAGCUGGAGGAAGCCCUUCAGAAGACCCGCAUCGAGCUCCGGUCUGCGCGGGAGGAAGCCGCCCACCGCAAAGCCACAGACCACCCGCACCCGUCUACGCCAGCCACUGCGAGGCAGCAGAUCGCCAUGUCUGCCAUUGUGCGGUCGCCGGAGCACCAGCCCAGUGCCAUGAGCCUGCUUGCCCCACCGUCCAGCCGCAGAAAGGAAUCGUCAACUCCAGAGGAAUUCAGCCGGCGUCUUAAAGAGCGUAUGCACCACAACAUUCCUCACCGAUUUAACGUGGGCCUGAACAUGCGAGCCACUAAGUGCGCUGUGUGUCUGGAUACCGUGCACUUUGGACGCCAGGCAUCCAAAUGUCUUGAAUGUCAAGUGAUGUGUCAUCCCAAGUGCUCCUCCUGCUUGCCCGCCACCUGCGGCCUGCCCGCUGAGUACGCCACACAUUUCACCGAGGCCUUCUGCCGAGACAAGAUGAACUCCCCGGGUCUCCAGAGCAAGGAGCUGGGCAGCAGCCUGCACCUGGAGGGGUGGAUGAAAGUGCCCAGGAAUAACAGACGGGGACAGCAAGGCUGGGACAGGAAGUACAUUGUCCUGGAGGGGUCAAAGGUCCUCAUCUAUGACAAUGAAGCCAGAGAAGCUGGACAGAGGCCUGUGGAAGAAUUUGAGCUGUGCCUUCCCGAUGGGGACGUAUCUAUUCACGGUGCCGUUGGUGCUUCUGAACUUGCAAAUACAGCCAAAGCAGAUGUCCCAUACAUCCUGAAGAUGGAGUCUCACCCACACACCACCUGCUGGCCUGGGAGAACCCUCUACCUGCUAGCACCCAGCUUCCCUGACAAGCAGCGCUGGGUCACCGCCUUAGAAUCUGUCGUCGCAGGUGGGAGAGUUUCUAGGGAAAAGGCAGAAGCCGACGCUGCACGGGACCAUACUUCCUGUGAGCGUCAGCCCGUGUGGGUUGAGAAAUUACUUGGAAACUCUCUGCUGAAACUGGAAGGCGAUGACCGGCUGGACAUGAACUGCACCCUGCCCUUCAGUGACCAGGUGGUGCUGGUGGGCACCGAGGAAGGCCUCUACGCGCUGAAUGUCUUGAAAAACUCCUUAACCCACAUCCCAGGAAUCGGAGCGGUCUUCCAAAUUUACAUCAUCAAGGACCUGGAGAAGUUGCUCAUGAUAGCAGGGGAAGAGCGGGCUCUGUGUCUGGUGGACGUGAAGAAGGUAAAGCAGUCUCUGGCACAGUCGCACCUUCCCGCCCAGCCCGAUGUCUCCCCCAACGUGUUCGAAGCCGUCAAGGGCUGCCACCUGUUCGCUGCUGGCAAGAUCGAGAACAGCCUCUGCAUCUGCGCCGCGACACCAAGCAAAGUCGUCAUCCUCCGCUACAAUGACAACCUCAGCAAGUACUGCAUCCGCAAGGAAAUAGAGACCUCUGAGCCCUGCAGCUGUAUCCACUUCACCAAUUACAGCAUCCUCAUCGGAACCAACAAAUUCUAUGAGAUCGACAUGAAGCAGUACACGCUUGAUGAGUUCCUGGACAAGAACGACCACUCCUUGGCACCUGCCGUGUUCGCCUCCUCGUCCAACAGCUUCCCGGUCUCCAUCGUGCAGGCGAACAGCGCUGGGCAGCGAGAAGAGUACCUGCUGUGCUUCCACGAAUUUGGGGUGUUCGUGGAUUCUUCUGGAAGACGUAGCCGCACAGAUGAUCUCAAGUGGAGUCGCUUACCUCUGGCCUUUGCCUACAGAGAACCUUAUCUGUUUGUGACUCACUUCAACUCACUGGAAGUAAUUGAGAUCCAGGCACGUUCCUCGCUGGGGACCCCUGCCCGAGCAUAUCUGGAAAUCCCAAACCCUCGCUACCUGGGCCCCGCAAUUUCUUCCGGAGCAAUCUACCUGGCCUCCUCAUACCAGGACAAGCUAAGGGUCAUAUGCUGCAAAGGAAAUCUGGUGAAGGAGUCUGGCACUGAGCAGCACCGGGUGCCCUCCACCUCCCGCAGCAGCCCCAACAAACGAGGCCCACCAACAUACAACGAGCACAUCACCAAGCGUGUGGCCUCCAGCCCAGCGCCCCCAGAAGGCCCCAGCCACCCCAGAGAGCCAAGCACACCCCACCGCUACCGAGACAGAGAGGGCCGGACAGAGCUGCGCAGGGACAAGUCUCCAGGCCGCCCUCUGGAGCGGGAGAAGUCCCCAGGCCGGAUGCUCAGCACGAGGAGAGAGCGGUCCCCAGGGAGACUGUUUGAAGACAGCAGCAGGGGCCGGCUGCCUGCGGGAGCCGUGAGGACCCCAUUGUCCCAGGUGAACAAGGUCUGGGACCAGUCUUCAGUGUAAGUCUCAGCCAGAAAAACACCUCCUCAUCUCAGUCUGCAGGAAAACACCGCGCUCUGGGUCUCUACCGCAGGGGAUCCCAGCACCAGUCUGCCCGGCCCGGCCCGGCCCGCCCCGGCCCGCCCCGGCCCACAAUCGGCACGGCUGGGUCCAGACUGUCCUUGGCACGGAUACCCCUAUCUCCAAGGGGUGCAGAUAGCCAAGGCUCUUAGGCGCUGCCAGCGCUCUGUCUCCCUCCCCCCUCAGAGGGUAGGGAGCACCUUCCUGCAGUCUUCGCUGCACUGUUAACUCACUGCAUUCACAGACCUUUGUACUUAGCUCCAGCCUGAACCUGUUCAUCAAAAGGAAACCAACCCGGACUCGAACGUGGCUGGAAGUCUACUGCUACUCUAAGAUCCUCUAAGAUCCUCGGGUUGGUUGGUUUUUUUCCCCCCUUUGGUUUUUGAUUUCUUUUUCCUCCUCCUCCUCUUCUUCUUCCUCUUUUUUUUUUUUUAAAGACAACAGAAUUCUUAGUAGACUUGGAUAGCGAUGUAUUUCCUGUUGUAGUGGUUUUUAGCUAGAUCACACCAUCAGGUCUUUGCCACUGAAACGUAGCCUAGAAGAGUCCCCACCCCCGCCCUGCCGGUCGGCUAACCUCCUGUGUUCAUGUAGCGUCAGUCAUUCUUGUCCCAGUCCAUUCUCAUAGAUAGCCCUGUCUUACCCAGGGUGGCAUUGUAGCCAGAUGUUUACCGUCCUCUUAUGGCCUUGACAACCUCCCCUCCCACCAGCCGAGAAUGUAUGGAUGGUCAGUUGGCCUCGGCUCCGAGGUCGUGACCUGGGGCUAAGGGACCUGGAGCCCUCCUCCCCUGCCCCUCAGCCUCAUCUCCCCAGCCUGCUUCCCCAGCUUGUGGCAUAGCUUUGGCCAGGAAAGAGCGCGCUUGCAAUAGACUAACUCAAAGCCCAGCAUUCAUAGGCCUUAGGGUUGGGCCUGGGGCCAGGGCACCGCCUCCUGUCCGAGGGUCACUCCUCUGGAACGCUGAACGCGGAGGAGACCAGACUGGGAGCUCUGCAUGGCGGAUUUCUGCAUGUGCUGCCCCCCGACCUGCCUGACUCUUCCCUGGGUUGCUCUGCUGAUACACUGCUGCCAUCCCAUAACCCACCAAAUCAAGACCCUCCCGGUGACUUGUCAACAAACCGGCCACAACAGGCUGCAAUCUGUAGCACUGAACAAGCAAACAAAAACAAAACAAAACAAACAAAAAUACGCUCAAGCCUUACGACCAGAGAAGGAUUUCAGCAAACCACACUCCUCCCGCUGUUUCCCUCCCGCCUUCCAGUUCCCUGCUGACUUCAAGGUUGACUGUGUGCUCACACAAAACCCAGCACGGUUCUACCCCAUGAAACUGUGACUUCCCAGAUGAGCCUUUCCCUAGGGCUGGACCUAAGGCCAGGACACUGGAGAGAAGCCGCAGCUCAAAGCUCCCAGCCCCGCGGGGCUGGCGAGUUCCCCUUAGGUGCAGUGCGGCUCACCCCAUCUCUCUGCCCUCCUUAGAGCGCAGAAUUCCUGGCAACCGGAUAGAACCAACCAAUGUAGAGGCUUUGCAGUUGGCAAGCUAACUAGCGGCCUUAUCUUUGCCUUUAAUCUCCCACAAGGCCUCUCCUACUUUGGAUUCUCCUCGACUCUUAGGCGUGCCUCCACAACUAAGGCACACCCUAGGUAGGCUGAAAGGUAGACCAGUCCCCACCACAGCAGGUGACCGUGUCUGUGUUUUCAGUCCACGCUCCCGCAGUCUACGUCACUUCCCAGAUUGCAUCCUGGCCUAAACGCCAUCUCCUUCCUGCUCGUCUCUGACCUAAGUGCUUUCUCGUUUGAAACGCCUGUGACCCUUCACAUCCUGUGCCCUGCCGUUGUGUUGCUUGGAGUCUUUGGGGACGUGUUCCCUAUCCCCCCGUCCCCCCCUCCCAGGGCAGAUCUGACUGGCUGUUUGCUGAAGUUUUUUGUCUCUUGGUCCACGAGUAUUUGGAAUGGUCACUGAUAACUGGUUUUCAGUCUUGGCAUCUCAUUUAGGACCUCCAUGAGAAAUGGGCGCCUUGAGCCCUGACCGUGUAUAUUGCGUGUCUCAUCUGUGAAGUGCUUCCUGCUACAUAGAGCUAGCUCAACAGACUGUACAUAUUUACAAGAAACUUUAUAUUCGUAAAAAAAAAAAAAAAGGAAAUUGAAUUGGUUUCUACUUUUUUAUUGUAAAAGGUGCAUUUUUCAACACUUUUGUUUUCAACGGUGGUAGCUGUGGCCAGCCGUCUCCGCCUGAGUGGGGAACUCUCUGUAUGACCACCGAGACGCCAGCAGGAAAUAAUCGUAACCCGAAAUCGCAGUCAAAAGCUUAUAUUAGCAUCAAUAAGAUUCUAGGUCUCCAAAAACACAGGCUUUUUCUUCAUUACCUUUUUUAUUAAGAACGAGGAGAAGACACGGAUGGACGCUUCCAGACCUACCCGAGAGAGGGCUGACUGUUGUCGAACGAUAGUGAAAUAAAGCAGUGGUCUCAGAAAGCAUUCA